UGUAUUCACUGUACGAUUCGUACGUUCCACAAGGUUAAAGGAUUUUCAGAGAUUUCGGCCAUCGUGAUCUGUCUGCGCGACCUUAACCUCAGACUUACAAUACUCCGAUAUUUAUACGUGCUAUGUUAUAUUUCUAUAAUUAAUGAAUGUUAUUGUCGUGUGUGAUUUUAACAAGUUAAGUACAGAGAAUUAAAAACAUUAGUACACGCAAUUUCUUGAAAUAUACAGAAGGGUAUUGUAUGAGUCAAAAAAUAGAAAAACCGAUACUAUCUGGUCAGCGCAUAAAGACCAGAAAAAGAGAUGAAAGAGAAAAGUAUGAUCCAACGGGUUUCCGAGAUGCAAUUUUACUUGGUUUGGAGAAAACUGGUAACGAUUUAGAAGCAAUUUCUAAGUAUUUAGAUUCAGCUGGCUCCAAGUUAGACUAUCGUCGAUACGGAGAGGCUUUAUUUGACAUCUUAAUAGCUGGUGGCCUCCUUGUACCAGGAGGUUCUAUAGCUCAAGAUGGCGACAAGCCUGUUAAAACAACUGCCUGUGUUUUUGAACAACCAGAGGAUAUGGAAUCUAUGCGGAAUUUUGAACAGGUCUUUAUCAAGCUUAUGCGGCGUUAUAAGUACUUGGAAAAAAUGUUUGAGGAAGAAAUGAAGAAGGUGUUAGUUUUUAUGAAAGGGUUUUCACCUAAAAACAGAAUCAAGUUAGCAAGAAUGACAGCAUUAUGGAUCUCUAAUGGAUCUGUACCACCCAUUGUCCUUUCUGUUCUUAUAAACGAGCAUUUGGUUAAGGACAAUUUAGCAUUAGACUUUUUACUAGAAGUCUUUGUGACUUGGAAACAAGAAAAAGGUCUGCCUAGUUUAAUGACUGCGCUCAAAAAAGGUGGAAUUGAAGGAAGGUUAAUGGAAUUUGUGCCACCAAAUAAACGAACAGAAGAAUAUUUUCGAUCUGUCUUUGAAGCUGUUGGUUUAGCUGACAUAGUAAAGCUUCAUAAAGCUCAGGCAAGUCAAGAAGCAAAGAGGGAUUUGCAACAGUCUCUUAUAGAUGAUUUAGCUAACAAAAGAUCUAUGAAGGAUAUAAUAUUAGAUGUCAAAGAAAUGGCACAAAGAAGUGGUAUACCUGAACAUGAAGUGAUUGGAUUGAUUUGGAGCGUUGUAAUGACUCAGGCUGAAUGGAAUAAAAAGGAAGAACUGGUAGCUGAACAAGCAGUGAAACAUUUAAAAAUGUAUACUCCACUGUUUGAUGCUUUUACAUGCACUGCCAAAUCUGAGCUUGCUCUACUUCUUAAAGUCCAGGAAUUCUGUUAUGAGAACAUGUGCUUUAUGAAAGUCUUCCAGAAGAUCGUCUUACUCUUUUACAAAACUGAUGUAAUAUCAGAAGAAGUGAUUCUGAAGUGGUACAAGGAGGGACACUCUGUCAAAGGAAAAAUGCUCUUUUUGGACCAAAUGAAAAAAUUUGUAGAAUGGUUACAAAAUGCUGAAGAAGAGUCAGAAUCAGGAGAAGAAGAUUAAACGAUAGAUACAAAUAUAAACAUCAUUGCCAAUAAGUAAAUUGCAUUCUGUCCAAAAUAAUUGAGACAUUUUAAAUAAACGAUGAAAUUACUAAUACUACAUGAAGAAUUGAAAGGACAAACAACAAUGCGUGGAAAUCGGACACACUCCAAUUAGACAGAUGCAAAAAGAUGUUUAAAUUGUUAAAAGAAAGAAAACAACAAUGAUAAUAUUGACUACCAAUUAGCGUGGAAGAUGACUUGUAAAUUUACAAUGUCUCUGAAUUGUAUUACUUUAAGAAAAAAUAUUUUGUGUUACAUUUUUAUAACUCCGCCAUAAAAUAUAUACGGAAUAACAAAGAAAUUAUUAAAAAAAAAUCUUUAUCCCUGUGUACGUACAAUUUUCGGAAUCCCAUCUUUCUUUGUAUGAUAAUAUUGUAUUAGUUUAUAGAAAAUAUACUAUCAGGUGGUGUGUGUUUAA